CGAACGGCGCGCAGUGAGCGCAGAGGUAGCGCGGAGCCCCAAGGCAGCCACACCCCGCCAUGGCCGCCCAGUUGGGUACCGGCGCCCGCGCGGAGGACUCCGGGCAGGAGAAACAGGAUUCGCAGGAAAAGGAAACCGUCAUCCCGGAGCGGGCCGAGGAGGCGAAGCUGAAGGCCAAAUACCCCAACCUGGGCCAGAAGCCCGGCGGCUCCGACUUCCUCAUGAAGAGGCUGCAGAAAGGGCAAAAAUACUUUGAUUCUGGUGACUACAACAUGGCCAAGGCGAAGAUGAAGAACAAACAGCUGCCGACUGCGGGGCCGGACAAGAACCUGGUGACAGGAGACCACAUCCCCAAACCUCAGGACCUCCCGCAGAGAAAAUCCUCACUCGUCGCCAGCAAACUGGCAGGGUAGCCCACGCUCACGGGCUGGUUUUUUUUCCUGUUUUCUUUUUUCUUUUGGUUAAUUGGAUUGAACUUCACUGUACCAUAGAGCUGGGAGCACCAGAAUCCACAUAGUUAUACGAGUAUUUGUAGCAAACACACACCACAACCAAGAAGAACAUGAGAUGCUGGUAGCCCAGGCCAUGCAGGCAGACCUUUGGUGGAGUCGGUUGCACGUUUGCUUUUUGCGAGCAGGUUUGCUGCCUUACCUCUCACAGUGCUCAGAACCAUCCCUGCUCGCAGUCCCUGCAGUGCUGCAUCCCUCCCUGCAGCACCCUGAGGGAAGUGAGGAGCACUGAGAGGAGUUGUGUGGUGUCAUCGUGUUGUUUUCUUUGGGUGUCUGUAGGGGAAGACGCGGAGGGGGAAGUGGCAGAAGCCGAUACGUGGCCUGCAGUCUGGUUAGGUGUGUGUGUUAGAGUUGUUAAUGAAGUGGUUGAGUUGGUGGCUGCAAUGGAGGCAGCAGCCUUGGAGGCUUUGCAGGCAGUUUCUCUCCUCCUGCUCUGUCCUCUGCCAGGGAUGCCUGCAGCUGUGAAUGGAGCUGCCUGCUCAGAGCCCGGAGUCGUGCACAGGGCUGCUGGUUGGGAUGGGUGUGAGUGUCAGAGCAGCAGGACAGCAGCACCCCAGGGAGGAGAAAGAGAUUGUAGAGGCAAACGUGUGUUGGCAAUGUUAGGCACCCCUUGAGGUUCUUUUUUUUUUUUUCCUUUUGUCCUUUUUUUUUCUUGCCUUUUUGUUUCAGGCUUGAAAAAAAGCAAACCAUGAAGUCAGUGUGGUGGCUGCAGCAGAGUGGGGCGCGCUCAGUGCCCGCUUGGUGCUGCUGAAGCAGCUCCAGGUGUGGGGCGUUCGGUGGGGCUGAGGUUUGUGCCAGGGCAGCACCGAGUCCAGGCCAGAUUUGAGCCCAGUUGUAGAGGUGGAGCAGGCCGUGUGGGUUUUGGGGAGCUGUGUUGGAUCAGGAGAAAACGAGGGAGGCAGUGGGUGAUGAUGCACCGCACAGCUUUCCUCACAUGUGAUCCUGGCCGGGUCGCUCACAGAGCUGCACUUUAUUGCGCUCCCAUGCUGCUGCUCUGAGCAGGGAGCGAGGCUGUGCUCAAACACAUCUGCUGUCAGGUGGCUCAUCAGUGACCCUGGGCGAGGAGCCGUGGCCCUACAGCCGUGGACUUUGCUCUGAGGAGUGUGGCAGGGACAGGCAGUGUGCCUCGCGCAGCUCCUCGCCCAGCCCCGCGCUGCCUGCUAGGAUGCUCUGCUGUUGGUCCCAGCUGCAUUGUAAAUAGAUACGAAUCAUAUAUACAAAUAUAUAUAUAAUUUUUUACAUCUUCA